CAGAGUGUGUUAUACAGGUUGUAGAAUAGCACUGUACUCCCUGGAGUGGUUUUGUAUCUUUAACCUGUUAUGCUUUGAUUGUUCAGCUUGGUCUGGGAGCAAGGGUCACAUAAUUAGAAAGCUGCAGCCUGUGUGUCCUUUGCGAGAGACAUGGAGGACAAGCAAAUCCUGUGCAUCGGCCUUGUCUGUCUCGAUAUAAUCAGUGUGGUUGAUAAAUACCCCGAGGAGGACACUGAUACCAGGUGCCUAUCUCAGCGUUGGCAGAGAGGGGGAAAUGCUUCCAAUUCCUGUACAGUGCUCGCAUUACUUGGGGCACCAUGUGCUUUCAUGGGCUCCCUGGCUCCAGGUCACAUCGCUGACUUUAUAUUGGAAGAUCUGACAAGGUGUGGAAUAGAUGUGACUAAUGUUAUCACUCAGACAGGAUGUUCCUUGCCAACUUCCAUAGUCAUCAGCAACAUAAUCAGUGGAAGUCGUACUAUCCUUCACAUGAACAGGAAUCUUCCAGAUGUGACAGCACAGGAUUUUGAGAAAGUAGACCUCGCCCGGUAUAAAUGGAUUCACUGGGAGGGCAGAAAUGCAAAUGAACAGUUAAAGAUGAUCUCCAGGGUUGAAAAAUACAAUAGUACCGCCCCCAAGGAGCAACGCAUCACUAUCUCAGUGGAGAUUGAGAAAGAGAGAGAGGAACUUUAUCAGCUCUUUCCCCAUGGAGACUUGGUUUUUGUGAGCAAAGAUGUAGCCACAAGUUUGGGUUUUUCUUCUGCCAAGGACGCAGUAAUUGGGUUGUAUCCUCGCGUGAAGAGUGGGGCUUAUAUCGUAUGUGCCUGGGCAGAGAAAGGAGCGGAUGCAAUGGGCCCUGAUGGAACGGUCCUUCAUUCCGAUUCAUUCCCUCCACAUUCUAUCAUUGAUACUUUGGGGGCCGGGGACACUUUCAACGCCUCUUUGAUUUACGCUCUGUCCAUGGGUCAAACCAUGCAGGAUGCACUCACAUUUGGCUGUCAGGUAGCAGGCAGGAAGUGCGGGAUUCAGGGAUAUGAUGGCAUUGUCUGAAGACCUAGACAAGGAAGGACAACAUGACUGAGUGAAGACAAUUUGCUAGAACUAACAAAGGACCAAGUUUUUCAAAUAUGUAGUUGGACCGCAUGUUAAUUGAAACCUUGAUUGGCACUGUUAAAGAAUCAGUCACAUGUGAUCAUGACUACCAUGUAAAAACACACAACUAAUUCCUGCAAUAAACUCAACAACUGGG